AUGGUCGGUAAUUCAGAAAGCACUUCGGGACCGUGGGCAACCAGGAGCUCUGGAGUUCUGCCGAAGAUGAGGAAAGGAUCCACCGCAUACUAUAGCACGUUGACGUUGCUUUUGAUCGUUGCGAGGAGACUGUGCGACGCACUGGCCACCCAAUUUUAUGCUGGCUUCGAAGUCGAUUCCCUUCCCGGCCCUUCAAAGCUCCUUUCCAGCUCGUCGGACAGGACGAAACUUGCCGCAAGUAUCGACGGCGUUGAAGACAAGUCUUGGGUGUAG